AUGACCGGCGACGAGAAGCACUGGGAAUCGGAAGCGCUCUCUAUGAGAAGGUUCGCCUUCUUUGGAGUGGCCCUCUCCACCGUUGCCACCCUCGUCUGUGUGGUUUCCGUGCCCAUGCUGUACAACUACAUGCAGCACAUGCAGUCCGUCAUGCAGAACGAAGUCGAUUUCUGCAAGUCCCGCACAGGAAAUAUCUGGAGAGAAGUCACUCGUACUCAGGCUCUUGCUGCACCAAGCAGGAAAGCCCGUCAGGCCGGUGGAUGCUGUGGAUGUGGAGUUUCUCCAGCUGGACCACCCGGACCCCCUGGACAGGACGGGCAGCCUGGAAAUGACGGUCAACCAGGACAGCCUGGCAGAAAUGGACCUGAUGGACCACCAGCCACGCCAGCUCCCCCGGCUCCGCAACCAUGCUUCAACUGCCCUCCCGGUCCUCCUGGUCCACCUGGAAGUCCAGGAAACAAAGGAGCACCAGGAAAUCCUGGAUCUGAUGGCCAGCCAGGAAACCCUGGAAAUCCCGGAGGACCAGGUCCCUUGGGUCCACCAGGACCACCUGGAAACGCAGGUCAGCCCGGAAACGCCUGGUCCUCCUGGACCCCCAGGAGUACUCACCCAAGGACCUGGUUCUCAAGGACCCACCUGGACCUCCUGGACCUCGAGGACCUCCUGGUCCCGAUGGACAGCCAGGUGCACCAGGAAACCCAGGACGAGAUGGUGGACCAGGACUACCUGGAGACAAUGGACGACCUGGUAAUGAUGGAAAUCCUGGAAAUGACGGAAGACCAGGAGAUGACGGUAACCAAGGACCUGGAGGAGGCUGCGACCACUGUCCUCCACCUCGUACCGCUCCAGGAUAUUAAGCAACCUCAAUUCAACUUCUUCUACAUGAGAGCAGUUCUGUGCUGUACUGGAAAUAAAUCUUUCAAGCAAUUUGAAGCGUGUGGUGCAUGUGCCUCAAUGUGGAGAGGUCUUUCUCGAACCAUGCAGAAGCUUUUCGUUAGUACUGCAUGUGUGCGCCGUAAAUUUUAG